AUGUUAGAAUCUGCUCGAGAAUACUGGAAAGGCUGGUUUGGUGGUAAAGACGAGCGUAAAAGUGAACAUGGGUCGCUUGAUAAGUGGAGGAACCGGCACUAUGCUCCAAAUGGACAGUCGAACGUAUCGAAACGGCUUCGUAAAAACCGAAAUACCAAGAGUUAUAGGAAAAGGGCCUACGAGGGGGAUAAUGGAACACAACAAUCUGGGACAGCACUGUGGAGUGCGGUGAAAAGCGUUUUUUCGCCAAAAGACCAGGAUCUGGAGCAAAUGCGUAACGCAUAUGCGGACUUCAAAUUGCCCCGGAACACAGAUAGGGCCAGAAUGAGUGCCCAGGUUCAACGACGUAUUGCAGCAAGCGCUGCUUUCAAACGCAAAGUCAUGGAAAAACAGCGCGAUGACAAGCUUCUGGAGCAACUGCGACGCGGCAGGAGUCGCGAGCCUAAGCAACAGCAACCACCACAACAACAACAUCUGCCCAAUUAUCAAAACGACCAGCUGCUGAUCUUGCAACAUAAAGUGGAAAGUUUGAAUGCCAAAGUUGGGUCACUAGAACGAGAUCUGCAGCUCACCCGCAAAGAACUGAUGUUUGCGCGCGAGAAAAAUGCUCUACUCGAGAGUCUCGUUAACGAUGCCAACGUGGACGACGAAUACGUGAAGUCUCGUCGUAGGAUCACUAACUUUCAAAAAAAUGACCUCAAACCAGAUUUUGGUGCCCUACCACCAUCGCCACAACGUGCGUUGAGUCCCUUAGUCACAUCGAGUCCCGUACGACUGCCCAACCUCGACGAACGCGAUGAUGACGGUGACGAAUUUGAUGACGAUUUUAAUGACAAUGCUAACUUCUACAAAGCACACCGAAAACCACACUCUCGCUUCUACGAGAAAUACCCAAGUAUACCAACAACAGAACCCAUGCAGAAAGAUCCAGAGAGCUCACUGUCGCCCAUCAGAGUUGAUCUGGCAAAGUACUCAAAUCGCUAUGGAUAG